AUAAGCUUACUGUUACAUAAAGGCGCACAAGUCCACCCAUAUUCCCAGAGUGACUACGCUGGAGGCUUGAGAAGACAGGAAGAAGACCCGCAUGGUUAGCUAUCUGCCUUUACUAUCCUGUAUGUGGAGGUGGUGGGGGGUGGACCUUUAAAAAAAACAGCUGGCAAGCGCUGGCUCACAACUUCAAUAAGUUUUGAUCAAAUUAACCUGAAUAUGAAAUCAUGGCUGGCUGCAGAGCCCUACACCCUACAGGGUCCAGAUUACAUCCACUCCUAAACACCGAGCCAUAAAUGUUUACUUAUGUUUCCUAUUUGGCAGAGGCAGCCCAUAAGGCAAAUAAAUCACAUGCUGUGAGCCGGCCAGGCCUUUGACUGUGAGAAACUGAGACUAAAAAGCAGAACAAGAGUUAGGGAGUAAAGGAUUUUCAGAUGUGAGUUCAGCCCAGCUUGGGUGUGCUCCGCUUUUAUUUGGGAGAAUGGAGAGGACAAUCUGUUGCCUCCACCCCUUUAAAAAGGCAAGAAAAGCCUAAAGAAAUGUGCGUUGGAGAGGGGAAGGGCUGCUGCCAAGGCGCCGGGGUAAGACGGACAGAACAUCGCAGAACAUCUGGUAACCGCGGGUAACUCCAUUUGGACAUCUGGUAACCGAGGGUUACGCUGCGUCUCGUCCACCCUGUCGGGUUUCCUGUUAUGCCUCGCCGUGUACGGUCUAAGGAGUUAAGGCUCGCUAUAAUACAUGGUCAUUGGUUGGGACAAACGCACCUUUAUUCAUUUUUUCUGACAUGAAGGGAGCCCUUGGUUUCAUUGGAGUAUUCCUCUCGUUUCUCUCUGACACAAGUUAUGGAGACUUUCCCAGGGUACACGAUUGUGGGAAUAAUUCUCUGCGCUGUGAGUUUUUCUGCAACUUCUGUGCCAGUGAAGCCAGGCCAACAAUACAUUGCCUUAACAGGCUAUUCGAAGAAGCAUGCGUCACACCUUUCAAGGACAUUAUGACGUCACUAAAUAACACCGACUGGUGUGUGUGGAAAAAUGUAGUGAGUGCAUAUAAUAUCUUCACCCUUUGCACGGAGGAGAUAUCAGAGUGUCUCCUCAUCCCAUGGCCCAACCCUCUAGUGGAACAAACCUUCGUGGAGAUUCACGCCAUGUAUUUCCAAGACUGUCCCACGGAGGAGCUGAGUGACCCACCACCGGGCAUCGUCUUUGCCCUUGUGAUGACCCCCAUCUGCCUGAUCCCUGUCAUGGUUGUCCUGGUGGUGCUCAAGACCAAGAAUGGAGAUGGCAGCUCCUGAUUGGGGGGGUUGAGGCGCUGCCUUCAGCCGUUUCAUAUGCCACAAAUAUUCAAAAAAAAAAAUUCUUUUUAAAUCCGAGAAACCCUCAUCUCUCCCGAGUUGGCCGGUCUUUUUUUUUUUUUAACAUAAGAACAUGGUGCUUCCAUCUUUCUAGGGACCAUGCGCCUCCCUGAAAAGAUGACUGACAGUUCACAGUCCUGAGGUGUCCUGAAGUCUCGCAGACAACUCGCUGUAGGACGACAUGCGGUGUCUGACCGCUUCAGUGUAAAGUCAUCUCAAUGACAUCAGGAUUAAUGGAUUCUGUGGUUCUUCAAUGAAGCACUUACCUGGGUUAAAUAGAGAUUCCAAGCACAACUGUGACAUGACACAUUUUAAUAUGAUUCUAGUACCCUACUUCAUCUCAAAUCACUUUUAAACAAGAACUUGGUGAAAAAGCUGUGAUUCUGAAAUGUAAAUCACUAUAUCUGAGCCUGAACACAGGCCUUAAAUUGCAUUUGAAAUUGCUUAAACAAGAUGGGGAUGGGACCCCUUCAUUUAAACUGGAGCAACCUCCUCUUCUGCACUUAUGUUAAGUUCUCUAUUCAGGGAACGGUGACAAAAGCUCUCAAGCUUGCAACAGUGAAAUUUAAAGUGUGCUCAUGUUGACGGUCCUCAGAAUGCUGGAAUAUUUGAGUUGAUAGAAGACACCGAGCAGUUUGUUAGCAGAGUUCAUACACUUAUCUCACCAGUGCUUAUCCACGACUUUCAUUCGAUGAAGUGCAAAGGACUGUUCCUCAAACCUUUUAUUCUGGUUGGAGUGGUUAAUUAUUUACGAGUAAAAUGCUCCACAAUAAAAACAAGAUGACAUGUCCUCUAUCUGUACACUAGCUAUUUUUCCUUUUCUUUAACGUGUUAGGGUGGGGUGGGGGGGGGACUGUAUUCUUUGAUCUGUGCUAGUGAGUAGAUGAGGUAGUAGAGGAUUGGAUAGAAGGGAGGAUGCAGUAAAUACUGUGAGUCAUAGUACAUGGAUGAGAGAAUACACCCCAACUAGGAGAUCGCUUUCCCUUGUAUUGCCCAUUUCCUGGGCUGAAAGAGAUCCUCCCUGCCCGCAUGAUGACAAUCCUCACUUAUCCUGUGAUGAGCCAGGUGAACCGGAAACCUUCCAGGUGUGUCCACCAGUGGAAGUUCAGACAAGACGCUGCGGCCUGUCUGCCCAGUGUAGCACGAAACACUGACCACUGAUUCAGAGAUAAGAGUCUUAUAUGUUUUUGCCUGAAUCCUGAUAACGCUGUUUUGUAUUUUUAUUCUGUCUUUGACAAUGAAGCCAUCGUAAAUUCUUUCAGAUUUGAAACAAAAGGAAUAUGUAUGUAUAUACUGCAUUAUAUUUCUGCUACUGUCUAUGCUAACCAGACUCACUGUGCUGUCUGAGAGACGACGCUCUUGUUUGUUCUCACACGAUGUGCAGCAUAUUCUUUUUAUAGACCUGUUUGACGAUGAAUAUAAAUCUACAACUGGAUUGGUAGGUGUGAUUGCCUGUUUUAGUUGUGAUUUUCUUGUCAUAUGAUUAGUUGCAUAUGAAUAGAAACCACCGACACACAUCUCAGAAACUAUUUUCAUUAAGUCCAUACAUCCUUGAAACACACUGAUAUUAAAAAGCAACUGCAAUUUUGUUUCCAAAUGUGCCUCACAUUCUCAAAGGAUGUACAGAUAGAGUAGAUAGAUAAAUGAUCUUAAUCUUAAUGUGUUUAUGA